UGGUCUCUUCACUGGGACUUGGCCGGGCCAUGUGCAAACCCCAACCAUUCAACAGUGCUGGAGAGUAGAUAGUAUUUACCUCAAUAAUGGUAGUCUCUUUUCGAUUCUUUUUAACCCUCAAUUCAGAUGACGGGUCGAAGCCGACACCCACGGUGGAGACUCAGCCCGUGUUCGACGGAGAUGAAAUUACAGCUCCUACUCUGUGGAUUAAGCACCUGGUAAUCAAGGACUCCAAACUGAACAACACCAAUGUGAGGAAUUCAGAGAGAGUCCAUUCAUGUGACCAGGAGAGGCAGAGCGCCCUGGAAGAGGCCAGGCAGAAUCCCCGGGAGGGCAUUGUCAUCCCCGAGUGCGCCCCCGGGGGGCUCUACAAGCCUGUGCAAUGCCACCAGUCCACUGGCUACUGCUGGUGUGUGUUGGUGGACACGGGGCGCCCGCUGCCCGGGACCUCCACGCGCUACGUGAUGCCCAGUUGUGAGAGCGAUGCCAGGGCCAAGAGUGCGGAGGUGGACGAUCCCUUCAAGGACAGGGAGCUGCCAGGCUGUCCAGAAGGGAAGAAGAUGGAAUUUAUCACCAGCCUCCUGGAUGCUCUCACCACUGACAUGGUGCAGGCCAUUAACUCAGCAGCGCCUACUGGAGGUGGGAGGUUUGCAGAACCGGACCCCAGCCACACCCUGGAGGAGCGAGUGGUGCACUGGUACUUCAGCCGACUGGACAGCAACAGCAGCAACGACAUCAACAAGCGCGAGAUGAAGCCCUUCAAGCGCUACGUGAAGAAGAAAGCCAAGCCCAAGAAGUGCGCCCGGCGCUUCACUGACUACUGCGACCUGAACAAGGACAAGGUCAUCUCGCUGCCCGAGCUGAAGGGCUGCCUGGGUGUUAGCAAAGAAGGUGGUAAUCUCAGCAGCGUCCCCCAGGGAAAAUGAGCCGGUCCAAACCCAUUCAUAGGACGCCUCAUCUAAGGAGCAGAAAACCAAAGGGCAGGUGGAGAGACCAGGGAGGCAGGACGGACCACCCUACACCAAAACUUCCCCAGCUCCCCUGGCCCGCCGCAUCCCGUGUGACAUAAGUGGUGCCCACCGUGUUUGCACUUUCAAUAACUCUGAUUUGCGUGUUUUCUUUUGGGUUUCAUUUUUAAACACCAGUAUCUAAUACCAGUGGGAAAAGGAAAGGGAAAAAGACUGUUUAUUCUCUCUCUUAUUGUAAGUUUUUGGAUUUGCUACUGACAACUUUGAGGGGUUUUGUUGUGGGGAGGGUGGGCGGGUGGGUGUUUGUUGUUGGGACUGAGAAGAAAGAGAUUUAUAUACUGUACAUAAAUAUAUAUGUAAAUUGUAUAGUUCUUUUGUACAGGCGUUGGCAUUGCUGUUUGUUCAUUCCCCUCCCUCUUCCUGCCCUCCUUGUGCGGGCUGUGGACACAUGGCCCCGAUUUCUAGACCCCAGGACUAUAUCCCCAGCCCACCUGGAUUCCAUUUGGAGGCCAACCCCUGUGUGCAUAAAGACGGGAGCCCUACGAUGAUAUUGUAGACUCUGUUGGUUCUUUUCUCGGGGGAGGAGGGUCCUGCCCUUGCUUUAGCUGUCAGAUCUGGCAGGUCACUGGGCACUUGGCCUUCUUAAGGGAGGUUGGGUUGGGGGACAGAUGGAGAUGCCCCCUGGAGGGAGGGCAUUAGCCAGCCCAGGCACCCGUUCUCACAUCCCCACAUGGUCCUGCUCUCCAGACCCUCAGGAGGCCCAGAACAGAAUCCAUCCGUGGGUAUGCCAGGAUCCUCGUGACCCACUGAGCAAAUGAUCCCCAGAUGAUUUGCAUUAGGUCCUUUGAAACAUUUUUGCCCGUGUUAAUGUCUACUCUGUAAAGCACGAGAAGGGAGGCAAAGAAGAAAAAGAGACAGUGGGGCCUUCUAUUUGGUAGAUGUUUGAUGUUUAAGCCAUGGAGGAAAGAGGACAGAGGUCAUCACUGAUGAGUGCGCUGCCAGCCCCCUGCAAAUGCACAAGCAAGGUUUCCCAAGACUGGCCCUCUCAGCAGUGGGGU